GGUGGUCAUUGCAAGAAGAGAUUCACUAUACGAUUUAAAAUCUAAGCGCACUAAUAACAAGGUAACAACGCGAGUUAAGUCAUCGUCUUCGUCGGUCCUUUUACUAGAAAUGUGCCAGUGCGCGCCCGUGUAGACGUAUUCUAUCUAAUAUUGUACCGAAACAAAUCCGUACACGCUAAUAAAAAACCGCACAAGCGACGUCGGUUGAACGAAAACAAAAACAAUAUUCAAAAUGAAGACAUUUAAGUAUAUAUGUUUGGUCCUAUUCGUCUCAUGGUACCAACUGGCCGAUUGCCAUCCGGCGAGCACCGACCUCCAAUCGAUGGACGCGAUGAUAGAAAAAGAGUCGGAUAUCUUCCUAGCUGCGGAAGCAGAUGAUUCUAGUCACAAGAGUGUCAGGGACAAGAGGACUAUCGGAUUUCUCAGGCAGCUCUUUCCUCAGUUGUCUCAGAUAGUCGACAGAAAAAUCCAACAGAUCACACGAUUCCUAUUCAGAGUGAUCGGUCGGCUGGUGCUCCGUGGUGGUGCCCCCGGUGGCGACGGCACAGGAACCGGCACUACCGGUGCGAACAAUGGCGGUGACUCUUCGAAUAAUGGAGGCCGAAGGAUAUCCAUUACAUUGCCCACGUACCCUCCUUUACCAGAUGAAGAAGAAGAACAGUCAACGGAAAUAGACAGCACCACUAUUCAGAGUUCACCAUCAUCCUCUGCCGCUCCAUCGGCAGCAGGAGCCGAAUCAACCACCGGCGCACCGGUCACUACUGCCGAAGCCACUUUAUCGCCUAUCACCAGCACAUUAUCACCAGUUACCAGUACGCAAUUAACGCCGUCCGACAUGGACAACCAGUUGUCGACAGACUCGGCCGUUAAGAAGAAGAGAAUUGCAAGAGAAGUGUCCUCAACCGACGCAGUCCCUAGUUUGGUCAAUCAAAAAUCAGUCACAUUAACCGAAACUGUAAAUGAAUCAUCUUCUAUAAACGAAAGCAGUUUGAUAAAUGGCGAUUCCGAAGAAACUGAUCAGGAAGAUUCAAGAAACAAACGGUUUUCUUUCAACUUAGGAGGAGGUGGUGGAGGAGGAUCUGGAAACUUCUUGUUCGACCUGAUUAGAAGGGGAGCGGACAGAGCAGCUAGGGCUGCCGGUAGUUUCUACAGAGUGGUCGCAGGCACCGACCCAAACACAUUAACACUCAAACAGCCACUUCAAUAUCCAUCGUCGUUAGUAGCCGGUAGCGGUGCUCCCCAGGAUAGAGACGAAUCAUCCAAUAGUGCUGGUUUGGAAGUAGAUGCACACACAGUACAAACUGAUGCAACAGUGAAAGAAGAUGGAUAUAACGUUGGGGUACCUGGACCUUUAACCAGAAUAUUCGUACUGACCAACAGGGGUAUUGCAAAUAUACUUAAAGAUUUGAUUCUGCGACUGGCCCAGACUACAGAGCGAAUAGUAAACUUCAAGGCAAGAUUAAUUACAUCUUUGAUAUGAGAAUGCACUUCAAACUUGAAUAUAGAAAUGUAGUUACGAGUGACCCUUAUUAUAGUCAUGGCAAUUAAAUUAAAAAUAUGUAUUCGCGUUUAAUAAGUGGUAGUUGACCAAAUUUGAUACAUUUACACAAUAUUUAACCAAUUGCGUAAGCUUUAUCAUAUUUAGUAAUGUAUAUUAUAUCAAACUUUCUGACAAAAUCAAAAUUAUGUAGCCAAUCUAUUCUUAGAAAAAAUCAUUUAUGUACAAAUUUUUCUAUGUAUGUCAUUAUAGUUUAUCAAUACUUUUUUCUAUACUUUAUAUUUUGAUAAAACUUAUAUUGUUGGUAGUAAUGCAAAUAUUUUGUAGAUAAGUAGGUUUAUUAUUUUUUUUUUUUUUAAUUGUGCCAGAAAACCAUCUAUUUAACUAGACAUUUUUUUUUAUAUAUAUUUCAUUAAAUAUUUGAUUGGUUUUUAGUUAAAAAGUAUUAUAUUCGCUAGUAUAAAAUAAUGUUUCAUAAUCUAUGAAAUUAUUUCUGUACUUUUAGGUACAAUUUUGUUGUAAAAAAUUGUAACAUUUUAAUUUAUUAGAUAUAUUGCAAAAAUAUAGAAUAAAACUAGGUGAAUGAUGAUCAUCAUAAUAUAUCUAAUUUUACUUCUUCUUCGGGUAUUAUGCUGUCUUGGUAUAAUUUGUUCUUUCUAUAAAAGGUACUUGUGAUUUUCAUUUUAUGUAUUGCUCAAAUGUAUGUAUAUAUAUAUAAUUAUAAAAGUAUCAAAUAUAUUGAAGUACACCCUAAUUAUUUAUUAGCCUAGACAGUUUUAAUGAAAUUUUUAAGUAUUUUUUUGUAUUUUGCACAUACUUAUUGAUUAUUCUUUUUAAUAGUAAAAUAUUUAAUUAAAACUAAUGCUGGUCUAACUAUAUGUUUAUUAAAACUAUUAAAAGUGAUUUUUAAAUAUUAAUAAAUAAAAUAGACUUUAAAAAAUAUAAAUAUUUAAAAUUUAAAUUAUUCAAAUUGAAAUGUUAUCAAAUAAUUUAUAUUAUUGUUUAAAUAAUAUAUUUAUCUAUUUAUUAUUUUGGCGAGAAUAUAUAAAACUGUGCCAUAAAAUAUGAUGAUUUGAACAGUACACACCUUUUUAAACCAUAUUACAUUUUUUAUCUUUAAAUAUGUUGUACUAUUUUUAUAAUUAAGAAUGACAUUAGAUAUAUUACUUUUAAAAGUUUAUCACAUUUAAAAAUUGUACAUUAUAAAACAAUGAAAAUUUUGUUGAAUAAAUUAAAUAUAACAUAUACUGAAAAAUCCCAACAGAUAUUAUUAUUGUAU